GUGUGUGUGUGUGUGUGUGUGUCUGUGUGUGUGCAUGUGUGUGUGUGUGGUGGGCGGAGUCUCUGAUUGGACGAUUGAAGCUGAACUUUGUCAUGUCAGUCAGUUAUUGUUCAUUCAGAGUUUCUGCUGCUGCUGACAGGAAGCUGAUCUCAGAGACUCUCAGCAGCAGACUGUCAGGAUGUUCUAACUCCUCAGAGUUUCCAAACAUCAAGCUCUGUUCAGCGUCUUCCUCCAUCAGAACCUACAUCACCCCCUGCAGCCAUGGACAGCACCCCGAGGAGGUGGGUGCUGAAGCCUCUGUCCCCCCUGCUGCAACCCUCAGACUUGCGCACUAUCGCCGGCCCCACCCAGAGUGACGCCCCCCACCUGGACGAUACAGUCUUCACCUCCGACAGCAUCUCUGUCGCUCGUAAUCAUUCCUCAGUGGUCGUCUCCUCACAGCAGGGUGACAGGUCCGGGGAUGUGGUCGUUCAGGCCCGGCAGAUCCCAGUGUCACAGGAUGAUGAGUGGCUUCCCAGCAGCCCCAGCGACCCUAGCAGUCCCAGCAGCAGCUUGGGCUGUCACAGUGGUUUCUACUCCUUUGUGGAUGAUCCGACGAGUCCCGAGGCCGAGUUGAACGAAACAUGGAUGAUUUCACCGCAGCGUCAGACUCAGCUGGCGACCCUGAAGGAGGAGAAAGGAUUUAAGCUACAAACUUACACCGGCAGAAGGAAGCCAGAGAGUCUGUUCUCAGAGAGCAAUGGAGACUUGCAGUAUGAGGUGGAUCUGAACAACGGCAUCGAAGUGGUCCAGGAGGAAGAGGAGAAGAAACUUCGCAAGGAGAUCAUUCGCAGCCAAGCACCAAAAAAGAACCCAACAUUCAAAGAUCAGCUGAGUGCACUAGAGAAUCUGGAUCUGAGCCAAUCUACAAACAGACUGAUAGAAGGCUUCAGUGUGAGCUACAGUCCUGUCAGCUCCAGAGCAGAACUUCUUAACCCCGUUGAGCCCGGGACCAUUGACAAUGAGCAGAUCAACUUCAAUGCUGCCCGACAACAGUUCUUGAAGAUGGAGCAGGACCGGCUGACUGCACUCCUCAACCCGCUGAGGUCCUCAAAAGGACAUUUGAACAGAUCUCUGCAGUCUGAUCCUUGUGUGUCUUUAUUAAAGCAGGUGGAGACCUACCACAGCGUAGAGGUGAGUGAAAAUACAACACUGUUUAAUCUAUCAGAAGAAGAUAGGACCUACCCAGAGAGGAAGGUGACGGUGUGCCAGACCGAGGAAAGCCUCAGCCGGCAGAGCAGUGUGUUUGACGACCUGGACUCCGGCCUGGAGGAGCUGUCAGCGGAGGUAGGAGGUGGCUACACCUCCGAUGACACACAAGAGAACAAGAGCAGCAAGUCCACAAGAAACCACGAGACACCGAUUGAAAGGGAGAUCCGGUUAGUUCAGGAACGCGAGGAGAACCUACGACGCUCUCGUGGGCUAAAGCACAGCGACAGCAGAGCAGAGAUGGUCGAGAUCAAAACUAAACGUUUACAGUCACCGCUAACGCCUGUCAAAGCCAAAGAGAAGAACCGAGUGAGCUUCAUCAUCCAUCGAGAGAUUAGAAAGGAGAACCUAAGGAAGGAGGAGCCUCAACAACAGGGAGGGAUCCUGGGACUAUACAGUCUAGAUCCCCAACAGGAGCUGGAGGACAUAAAGAGGGAGUUUGACCAACAAGACGAAGACAAGGGGACAAAAGAAAGACCUCUGACUGAGUCUGGAGAUGCUGAAGUCUUCCCUUCACCUUGCUGUCCUCAUCGACACCCUAAAGAAACCGAGUUAUACAUCAGCCAGAUGAGUUCAGGUCCAUCUUCCUAUUCUGGGGGGGACUCAGAGAUCCAGGACAUAAGACGCUUCCAACAAAAUAUAAUGAAUUCUUCAUCUUCCUCCCCUCCCUCCUCACCAACACUGACACCUCUGUGUGACAUGAGCUCAACCAUGCCUUGGUCCUGGAGGGAGAAUUUGGAGUCCACCGGCCUGCAGUCCAGAGGGCAAGGAGCUCCGGAUUUCAUUGAGAAGGAGAUCGAGGAUGCCCUGAGACGGGAGCAGGAGCUGCGGGAGCUGAGGGCGUCCAGGGAGGAAACUGAUGGACAGCUUUCCUCUCCAGCUCCUUUGGUGGAACAGGCAACGAAGAUGGCCAUCAGUCAGUUCUACCCACCUGUAAACAAAGAGAAGAUCAGCGUUUCCUCUCCAGCUCCUCGUCCCUUUGUCCGCCUGCCCUCCAUUUCCUUCGUCACCGCUCAGCCCUGGAUCUCCUCACCUCCUCCCCAGUCCUCGUCUCCUGCAGCGGUCCAGCCAGCCCCCCCUCCUGUCAGAGGUCUGACAGAGACUCUGCUUCAGGACUUUGAGGAGAGACGAGUCCAGCUGAAGCUGGAGGAGAGCUCGUAUGCAGGCAUCCAGCUGGUCGAUGAUGUGAAUAACGAGGUUGUUGAAUCAACUCGUGUAAUUCGACAUAAAAACCAGCGUGCUCUGCGCUGGGAGGCCGGAGUGUUCGCCAACCAAGAGGAGCAGUGAGCGCCCGAUCCAGAUUCAGGACCUGCAGGUGACGAGGGGGGGACCACGGCGUCUCCUCUGGUUCCUGUUUGUUCAGCUGCAGCAGGACUUUUAACAGGACUAACACGACUUUUCUCAGAUUUUCAAAUGGUUUUAAACUGGAACGCUCCAAAGAACGGGCUACUUCCGAUUGGUCGUUUAAGGUGACAGGCUAUCCUCGUCCAAUCAGCUGCCAGCUGCUGAGCAGAGCUUCAGACAGAGACAAUGUGUCUGACUCAAACAGAGAAGAAAUGCAGACCUAACUGAAGUGAGUGUAGAAGCAGCAGCUUGUUUGAUCUGCAGACUGAUGGAGGUUUCUCUUCUCAUUUAAUCACCUGAUGCAGCAGAACAGGAGGUUUCUGAUUGGUUUUCAUGAUUUUCAACUGAUGUGUCUAA